UCUCGGUUCCCGUAUUGUUCGCCAUUGUUUUUCAUGAGUGGAAGAAGGAGAGACGUUGAAGAGCCCGCAGACGUAGAAGAGGAGGCCGUUGCCUCUAACAGUUUUGCAAAUGACGGCAGCUUCUUAGACCAGUUUCGGAAGUCGAUGGAAAACGAAGAGAAAACGAAAAGCAAAGAUGAGAGCGGGAAACGUGACGAAAAAGCGGAGAAAACGACCAAGAGCGACGACGAAGAGAAAGAACGGGAAGCGGAGAGAUUCAUAGCUGGCUACAUGGGACAGAUGAAGGGGAAGCGGAAGGCGUUGAUGAAAUCAAAGCCGCGACCACCAAAGAAGAAGAAAGAACAAGAAGAGGAUGAUCACAGUGACAAGUCGAGUGCGUGGAAGGCGUACAUGGCUGAAGUAGAGAAGUACAAAGCAAUGAGCUGUUCAGACGAUACGCCACACAAGAGACCUCUCGUUAAAUGAAAACGAAAACGACGAGUUUGUAUUGUAGUUGAACGAUAGGUAGUUCAUGCUUUUGCUUGUAUGUAUUACAUAGCUUACUUUCUUUUAUAGCCUUGCUGUAGUGUAUAAUUUCCAUUUGAAUCAGUUGUUUGUUUGUUUGUUUGUGUGUGUGUGUCACACACACAGGAAGGCUGUGAUUAGGAUGGAAACGUCUUCUUCUUCAA